AUGACGGCGCUGGCUGUUGCGCCGCAUGAGCCGACGCGGCUUGUCGUCGCCACACUGAAGCCGCAUCGAGGUCUGUAUGAGCUCAGCUGGGAGCCCGCUGAGGGUGUCUCCACGGACGGCGAAUCAGAGCGUCUGCCUCGAUCGUCACCGAGCUCGGCAUCGGCCGUCGUGCGUGACCUCCGCGCCGGCAACUGGCACGGGCGUGUACCCGACGCGCGGCAUGCGGAGGCUGCGGCAGCGUCGCGCGGGCUCCGCUGGCGCUCCGAGGUGCUCGCGUCGAGUCUGGCGGCGCAUCCCUUCUCAAAUCGGUACAUUUCCGGAGAUACUGAGGGUGACUUGCUUUUUUGGACUUUUGGAGAGCCGUUCGCUCUAGCCCAGCUCACAUGGGCGCACGCACGCGGCCAAGUGGUGCAGCGUGUUCGCUUCGCACCUUUUGGAGAUGCCGUGGUUGCUGCCUACGCCUCAGGUCUGGUGGCGCUCUGGCGCGUGCCCGAUAAGCUUGCCAUCUGCACGCCAAGUGAGCCGGAACAGGUCUGGCGACCUUUCGGCGAUGUCUGCGUACAUGAUGUCUGCUUUGUCGAUCAGGAGAAUGUGAUUGCGACUUUUGGUCGCGCCUAUGACGGCAGCAAUGCGACUGGCGGCGACAUAGGUCCCAGUCGAAUGGACACCAUUCGAGUCUUCGAUCUGCGGGCGGGGGCACUGAAUCCACAGCAACAACAACAACAACAACGUUACCAUCAUCAGCCUGUGCUGUGUUUCCGGGCCCACACGCUCCCUGGUGGAGAUUCGAGCGUGCGCGGCUCUUCGAGUUGCGAAUCCCUCUGCGGACUCGUACUGGGCGAUGGGACGCGGCUCCUGAGUGCGUCCUCCGAAGGCCACCUAGCCGUGUGUGAUAUGCGAACGUCUCGCUGUGCAGCCCAGUUCAGGGCACACUCGGACGGCAGCGCCAUUCGUACGCUGGUCAUGGAAGAGCCGCGGGGACGGGCGCUGAUCACCGGCACCGACAGCGGCCAGGUGCGGCUCUGGGACGCGCGUUCCCUGCGUCUGCUCGAGGAACUUGGUACGGUGCAUCGGCCAACGCGUCAUUUCCGCGCUCGGGCACGUGCAAGUCAACAUGCCUCCAGUCUCCGUCUGAGUGGCGGCACUGCACUUUUCGGGCUCUAUGGCGUGGAGUGUGCGCUGCUCACGGAUUAUAGUCUGAUCACUGGCGGCGGUGAUGGGUACCUGUACGCACACGGGCCCGGCUGGGGCGGCACUGCGAGCCCAGCAGUCAGUGAUCACGUCAGCACUUUUGCAGACGAUGUGGAUACGCAACUGCGACGCGUGGAGAGCGGUCUUGCGCUCUUCUGA